CGAUUAAAUCCAUAGAAAAAAAAUGUAAACAAAGUCAUAUGUUCUUAAUUUGAAUUGAAUUUCUGGACAGGAUCAUGACCACAAAUCCGCUUCAUCCCACCUACAUAAUCCUAGGAUCCGGCGGUCACACAGCUGAGAUGUGCCGCCUGACGCAGGCAUUGCUGCAACAGACGAAUACCCAUCAAGCAGAGAAGUACCAGUCGAUACACCUGAUCCUGGCCAACAGCGACUCCACCUCUGAGCACCAGUUUAGACAGGCCCUGCCGGUAGAAUCCAAGAAGGCGGAAGUCUUUAAGGUGCCGCGCAGUCGUAGCGUGGGCCAGUCCUGGCUAAGCAGCAUCUUCACCACCCUGUGGGCGCUACUGUGGUGCUGCUACCUGGUCUGGCGAGAUCGCCCCCAACUGAUCCUAUGCAACGGACCCGGCACCUGUGUGCCCUUUUGCUAUGCUGCCUAUAUGUGGCGACUUCUUGGACGACUGCCAGCGCAUUCCAAGAUCGUUUUCGUAGAGAGCUUCUGUCGAGUGAAGUCGCUCUCUUUGAGCGGACGCCUGCUUUUGCCGAUAGCGGAUCUCUUCGUGGUUCACUGGCCAACGUUAGCAACACGCUAUGCGAAUAAAAAGAACAUGCGAUAUUUUGGGCGCAUAUUGUAAGAGUUUUUUACUCGAAAAAUGCAAACGAAAAAAAUCUUAUAGUAAACAAUUCGAAAAAAUUAA